UCGAAAAUUUACCAUCGCUAGUUUCCUAAAAUCCAUACAAAUAAAUUUAUGAUAAAUUAAUAUUUUUAAUUGGGGAGAGCGAUAUAGCUUUCAAGCUGGCUAAGUAACGGAUUUGUUUGUGAUGUCGAGUUCCAUUAUGGAGUGCAAAGGUGACAUUGCUGACGCUGAGUGGCAAUUUUGGUGCCGAUUGUGUUCCAAAGAUGAUGUACGAAAUAUCAACAUACUACCAGAGGUGAAUCAAACAACGGCCACAAAUUCUCCAAACUCUCUUAUGGACUUCAUUACAGAAUUUUUUAAAAUUCAAAUUGAACAAGAUGCUGAACUACCACACUGGCUUUGUCCACAGUGCUUCUCUUUGCUUACAGCUCUUUCCAAAUACACAAUACAAGUGAAGAAAGUCCAGAACAUGUACAACGAAAUUCAAAAGUUUACUGAUCGAAAAAGUCUUAAUCUAAGAGAAUUCCGUGAAAAAUAUAACUUGCUGGAUGAUGAUCUAUUUAUUUUUAGUUUAUCAGAUACAAAAUUGACAAACGAAAAUAUUUUCAUACCCGAUGUAGUCGAAAUAACGGAGAACAUGAUAAAGAAUGAAGUAUUAACAGACGAAGUGCAAACUGGUACAUUUUUCGAAAAUGUCGAGUACAAAAGUGAAUUCCAGGAUCCUUUUGGUGAUGUGGUGGAGAAUCAAUGUUGUGAAGUCGAUUAUAAUAAUUCUAAUAAAGUUAGCAGGGAUUUAGAAACAAAUAAUGAAAAACAAUUUGAAAAAACCAAUAGCGGUAUAAAGGAAGAUAAAUAUUUUUGUAAAGACUGUUCAAUUUAUUUUUCACACAGUCUCAAUUAUCACAGGCAUAUGAAGCAAAAGCAUGGAAAAGGUCUCUUUACUUGUCCACGUUGUAGUAAAACCUUCAAAUACGCAUGUUAUUUGAAUCGUCACAUGAGAUCACAUCGUCCUCCAAAUGCGGCUCAGAAGAAUAAAACAUCAAGCAGCACCGAGGAAGCAACAAAGGAGUCUAAUUACACUUGCAGCGAUUGCUCGAUGCAUUUUCAACGUAGCAGUAAUUAUCACGUACAUAUGAAAAAAACUCAUGGCGUUGUUAAAACGGAGCCACAUCUUACAUGUCCACAAUGUGGGAGAACAUUCAAAACUACUUUUAAACUAAAUAGUCACAUGAGAACUCACCGUCCGAUGGCGGAGAAGCGAAUAUUUCCAUGUCCGCAAUGUGAACGAAAAUUCCAAACGAAAGAUUACGUUGCUAGACAUAUAAAAUUUAUACAUGAGAACAUACGUCCCUUCAUUUGCGAAGAAUGUGGUGAAGGUGCAUGUACAGAAGCUGCCUUGCGAGAGCAUAUGCUCACACACACCAACGAUACACCCUUUAUAUGUGAAGUAUGUGAGAAAGGCUUCAAAAAUCAAUCACGUCUGAGGAAUCACAUGGAGAUACAUAGUAGCAAUAAACACAUCUGCAGCGAAUGUGGCUUACAAUUAAAUUCUCGAGUAACACUAAAUCGUCAUAUGCUUGUACAUUCAGAUGUAAUGAGUCAUAAGUGCGACUACUGUGGGCGGGAAUUUAAACGUGCUAAAACAUUAAAAGCGCACUUAAUACUGCAUAGUGGCUUAAGGCCUUAUUCUUGUGACUUUUGCGACAGGACCUUCGCUAACGGUGCCAAUUGUCGUACACACAAAAAGAAGUCACAUCCGGAAGAGUUAGCUGCACAGGAGGCUUCCGGAGAAAAGCAAUUCACGAAAAACAUACCCAAAUUGGCUGUUUUAAAGACAGUAACACGUUCGGCUGAAAAUCUCGUACCUGUGGUAUCUAAGCAAAGUGGUAACUUUUCAAGUGGAGAAAAGCCGAAACCACGUCUUAAAGCAGAACUUCAACCACAACCUCAGGCUCAACAACAACAAAACUCAGUUUUUCACUAAAUUAUUUACAAAAAAUUACGUAAUCUGUUGCUCUUAAGUGAUUUAUGUUGUAAAAUGUCUUAGUUUUAGUUAAAAUUUAAAUACAUAUUUAAAGAAACAAUAUUGGUGAGGAACGAAUGUG